CGAGGAAUCGAUCCUUUCGCUUUGUCCCAGUGCAGGCGCGGCGAGCCGAGCCCGGCUCUGUGCGUUGUGUGCCAGGGCCGCCUUCGUCUCCCCACAGCGGCAGCUGCACCGCCGCCUCCUCGGUCUCUGCCGUCCUCGCUCGCUGCCCACCCCCCCCCCCGGCUACUGCGCUGGACACGUUCGCCAUGGCGAGGACCCCCCCACUACUGCUGCUGAUGCUGCUGCCGCUGCUGCUGCUGCUGCCCGGGCAGGCCGGGGCGGACCUGCCCGUGAACUGCUCCUUCGAGGAGCUCGUGGGCACGUGGGAGAUGGAGGUCGGGCCGGUCAACUCCGGACCCCAAGUGGACUGCGAGCCGGCGGGCAAGGCCGUACAGGUGGUUCGGCUGCACCUGCUCAAGAUGAACGUGGCGGCCGACGAGAAGGGAAACCAGGGAACGUUCACCAUCAUCUACAACCAGGGCUUCGAGGUGGUGCUCACCGGGUACAAGUGGUUCGCCUUCUUCAACUUCACUAAGGUGGGCACCGUCGUGACGAGCCUGUGCGCGGAGACGCGGGCCGGCUGGGUGCACGACGUGCUGGGCCGCAACUGGGCCUGCUUCAGGGGCCGCCGAGUGAAGCCGCAGUCGUGGAGAGGAGCGGAAGCUGCAGGAGGAGAAGAGGGCGGCGUGGGCUCCCAGUGGAGCGUCCAGGAGGCUCCCAGCACGCGGCUUUACGAGCACAAUGCGGCCUUCGUGCAGCAGGUCAACGAGGCGCAGCACUCGUGGCGCGCCGUGCGCUACCCGCUCUACGACGGCCUGAGCCUGGGGGAGCUGACGCGUCGGGCCGGUGGGCGUGCGUCGCGCAUCCACGGGCGACCAAAGUCGUCUGUGGUGACGGAGGAGACGCGACGACUCGCAUCCGCCCUGCCCACAUCCUGGGACUGGAGGAACGUUAACGGCAUCAACUACGUCUCUCCCAUCCGGAACCAGGGGUCGUGCGGCAGCUGCUACUCAUUCUCCUCCAUGGCCAUGCUGGAGGCUCGCAUCCGCAUCCUGACCAACGCGUCGCAGGCGCCCAUCCUGAGCACCCAGCAGAUCGUGUCGUGCAGCAACUUCUCCCAAGGCUGCGACGGCGGCUUCCCGUACCUGAUCGGCGGCAAGUACGCGCAGGACUUUGGGCUGGUGGAGGAGAGCUGCUACCCGUACACGGGGCGCGACGACGCCACGUGCCGGCCCCUGCGCGCCGACUGCUACCGCUUCUACGCGGCGCACUACGGCUACGUGGGCGGCUACUACGGCGCCUGCAACGAUGAGCUAAUGCGGCUGGAGCUGGUGGCGCACGGGCCGCUCGCGGUCGGCCUGCAGGUGUACGACGACCUGCUGCACUACCGCGGCGGCGUGUACCACCACACGGGGCUGCGCGACUCCUUCAACCCGUUCGAGGAAACGAACCACGCGGUGGCGGUGGUGGGCUACGGCGUGGAGCCGGGCACGGGCGAGCGCUACUGGGUGGUGAAGAACAGCUGGGGGGAGGAAUGGGGGGAGCGGGGAUACUUCCGUAUUCGGCGCGGGAGCGACGAGUGCGGCAUCGAGAGCAUCGCCGUUUUCGCCAAGCCCAUCCCGCACGUGUGAGUGGGGUGGGGGGGG